UCGUUUUAUAGUGCACUAUUUUUAACCGUAAGGAUCUGGUUAAAGUGAGCGUACUAGGAAUAGGGUACCAUUUGGAACGUCUUAACUUCUGACUACGCACAACUCGAGUCACAUGUCGCGGCUGUGAGCUGGUCUCUCUAGACGAGUUGACACUUCUUUCCGCCCGCUAAGAGGACGGUGUGAAGUUUUGAGAAGUCACGGAGUACCGGGGAGAAGGCGACAGCAAAGGCCAUGGCGACCGGAGACAGUGGCGGAGAGAGCCUAGAGUCGUGGCUGAACAAGGCCACAGACCCGUCUAACUCAGAAGACAGGUGGGACAGUAUCCAGGGCUUCUAUGACCAGGUCAACCAGGAGGCUGAUGGUCCUCAGGUUGCCACUCGUCUCCUGGCCCACAAGAUCCAGUCUCCUCAGCAGAGAGAGGCUCUGCAGGCCCUCACAGUUCUAGAAGCCUGCAUGAACAACUGUGGCAAGAGGUUCCACAGUGAGGCGGCAAAGUUCCGCUUCCUCAAUGAACUCAUCAAAGUCCUGUCUCCAAAGUUCCUGGGUCAGUGGAGUGGUGCGGAGGUGAAGCUGAGGGUGACGGAGGUUCUGUACAGCUGGACUUUGUGGCUCAAAGAAGAACCCAAGAUUCAGGAGGCCUACCGCAUGCUGAAGAAACAAGGCCUUGUGAAGAAGGACCCUAAACUCCCAGACACCAUUGUGAUGCCUCCUCCCUCACAGAGAGCUGAGGACUCUGUGUUCAACCAGGAGGACAAGGCCAAGUUGUUAGCCACACUCCUGAAGAGCAGUAGUCCUGAAGAUCUGCAGACAGCCAACAGACUGAUCAAGAACACCAUCAAAGAAGAGCAGCAGAAAGCAGAGCUUGUAUCUAGACGUGUCUCUACCCUGGAGGAGGUCGCUAGCAGAACCAGACAGCUGAGAGAGUUACUACAGCAACACGGUCUCACCGGGCCCUCCACACACCACACUGACCACCUGAAGGCCCUCUACGAGAGCUGUGAUAGGCUCAGACCCAACCUUUUCCGAUUGGCCAGCGACACUGUCGACGAUGACGAAGCUUUAGCUCAGAUCCUGCGGGCCAAUGAUGAGCUGACCCUGGUGGUCAACAUGUAUAAAGACAUGAUGGGUGGGAGAGAGAGCAACAGGAUGAGAGGAGGAGGUGGUGGAGAGCGCUCCAUAAACAACGGUCCCAGCAGCCCCAGAGAGAUAAAGAGUUACCAUCUAAUAGACCUGUCAGCCCUGGACUCUCCACAGACACAUAGACCACCUUCUAAAGACAUGUCUUCCUCCGUCUCACCUCCCCACCACGUCUCCUCCUUCCUAUCCUCCUCCUCUACCCCCCAGCCUCGGCUUGGCACCCCUCCUCCCUCCUCUUCCUCUCCUCCCUCCUGUCAACGGCUCAACAGUACUCCCCUAUCUCUAAUCGAUCUGGACGCGACAGGGCUGGAUAAACCAGCAUCGUCUCAAAGCCAGAGCAGCACGUACUACCAUGAACUCCUCCAGAUGAGAGGAGGAGAGGAGAACACAGGGAGAGACCAUUCCCUGACCACGUGGGGGUGUGGAGGGAGAGACCACCCACUGGUGGCCCGGGGUUGCGGCAGUGGCUCGUCAAAUGGAACAGACUGGGCGUGCCUUCAGAAUCGUCCAAUUGUGAUGUCAGGAUCACCAUCAAACUCACAGAGUCAGCCAAUGACCGAGUCAGGAUCUCCAGUGAAAUCAGAGAGUUUCAAUCUCCCAGAAUCCUUAGCAGAGAUCCACGUCCCACUGGAAUCCAUUAAACCAAGUCGAUUGGAGCCAAUCACAGUGUACGACCAGAAUGGCGUCCAUGUUUCCCUCCAUUUUGCCAAAGACCCGCCCCCGGGACACCCUAACGUUGCUGUGGUUAUCGUCUCCACGGUGAACACCUCCGCACUUCCUGUUAAAGACAUCCUGUUUCAGGCUGCCGUUCCCAAGACCAUGACAGUGAAGCUCCAGCCGUCUUCAGGGAAUGACCUCCCCUCCUACAACCCUCUGCUGCCCCCUGCUGCCCUCUCACAGAUACUGCUCCUCUCCAACCCACACAGGCAUAAGGUACGUCUGCGCUACAAGCUGACCCUGGUCCACGGUGAUGGAGAGCAGAGCCUCAGUGAGAUGGGAGAGGUGGAGGACUUCCCUGACUGGGUCUCCUGGAUGGGCCUCUGAUCUGAGAGAACCCUGCAUUGAAUUCUUGAACCUGACAGAGAGAGAGACAUUCUAGAACCUGACAGAUAAAUAUUCUGGUACCUGAUAGAGAAAGGUUCUGCAGCAUAAUGUGGAACCUUCUGCGAUUGCUGCCUUGACCGCCAUGAUGUCAUGUAGUUGGUCAUAUGAUCUGUGAUUCGUGUGUAUUUACUUUUGAUAUGCGGUCAUCCUUGGAGGUUCUUAAAAACUGAUAUUUAUUUAGUAUUUGAAGUAGGCUCUGGGAGACCACUCUAGUGUUAGGUGUGGGUGUGUCCAUUUGUGUGUUCUUGUGUUUGUCUGAUUGACCCGGCUUUGUCAACUCGGUGCCAAAUGACCCACCUGGGUUACGUUUCUCCACCUUUUUAUACCAAACUAGACCAGGUGAACCAGGUGCCUCUGCUACUGACCUGUUGUUCACCUGGCUCCUGUGUGAGUUGCUUGUUGUGUUUUUGUUCAUCGUCUGAUUGAUUGAUUGAUGCCUCAGAUACGACACUCUGAAAUCUGUGAUCAAUAAAACAUAGAAUGCUGUUCUUA